UCCCCCUGCGCUGCCCCUGGCAACCACCUGCGCCUCCUCUCCUUCUCCACGGAUUCUGCGGCUGUGAACACCCCCGAGCCGUGCGCUGGCGCGGGGGAGACACUGUCUUCCGAGUUGACUCCUUUCACUCGGGGUGACAUUGCGCCGUCCCUGGAUGCUGUCCCGGCGUCAGGACGUCGCUCCUUUCUGUGGCUGCCUACCACUCCGUGCGGCCCUGCGCCUACGGGUUCCCCGUUUCCUUUGCGCGCAUGAGCCCUCGGACAUGGGGGUGUGUCCAGGUCUUGGCGGUCUCGGGCAGUGCUGUAGGACCCCUCGCGGGCAGGCUUUGCGAGGAUGAGAUUCCUCUCCCUGGGGCCCACACCCAGGAGUGGGCUGGAUGAGGUGGUGCUAACGGGCUCCCCGCGGUCGCCCGGUGGUCUAGCGCCGCAGGCGCGGCUCGGGGCUCCCUCCCCCGCACGCCUAACGGGUGUGAAGCCGCAUUUCACGGUGGUUCGAUUCGCACCUUCCCAUGUGCUUGUCGGCCGUUCGUACUUUUUCUUCGAGAAAUGUCUGCUCGGCCCCUCCGCCUGCUCCAAAGUUUUAGAAAGAAACCGAGGAGCCCGCGCCGCUGGCGGGCCGGCGGCGGCGGCUCAGGCAUUUCCGGGAGCGCAGGGAGGUCUCGCGCAGCCACCUCUGGUUUCACUUUUGGGUCGGGCUUCCUGCGGGCUGAGCUGAGCGAGUCCAGAGCGCAGUCCGGGUGACCCCGGCCCAGGGCUUCCUCGCCUCCUUCCUGGGCCUGGAGCCUCGGCGCCACGGCUACGGAGCAUGUCGUCCGCCUUUGAGCGGGUGGUCAAGAGCGUGGGGCUGGAACUGGACCCGGGCCGAGAGCUCGUGCCCAUGCACAGCCUGCAGAGCUCCGCCAGUUUCCAGCCCUACCGCCUCCUGAGCAGGAAGCCCAGCUCCAGGUUCUUCAGACGCUACACGCACGUCAACCUGUCCGUCAGGGACAUCCUGGAGCCCGACGCACCGGAGCCAGCCGUCGAGCACGUCGGCCCCUUCCACUUCCAAGAUGCCGUGGACGGGCACCUGGGGGGCAGCGUGGAGGUGGCGGCCCCGGGGCAGGGGAAGAUUGCCGGCGGGGCCGCGGUGUCUGGCAGCUCCAGCGCCUCCAUGAACGUCUGCAAGCUGCAAGUGCCCCCCAACAGCUGGGUGGCCAUGCUCCGGGAGAGGCGCCUGCGGCAGCCUGAGCACAAGGUCCUGCGGGAGCUGCGGAGCCGCGGGCACGACGUGUUCGUGGUGACAGAGGUGCUGCAGACCCAGAAGGAGGUGGAGGUCACCCGCACCCACAAGCACGAGGGCUCGGGCCAGUUCUCGCUGCCCGUGGGGGUGUGCCUCCAGGGCGAGGGCAAGGGCCACCUGAGCCGGAAGAAGACGGUCACCAUCCCCUCGGGCAGUGUCCUCGCAUUCCGGGUGGCCCAGCUAGUGUUCACUGGCCCUGAGUGGGACGUCCUCUUCGUCCCAGAGAAGAAGCGGAGGACCUUCACGCCGCCCCAGACAGGUGACCAGCCGCAGCCACAGUCCUCCCUGUCCUCCCUGCUGAGGUCCCUCCGUGACCGCCUUGACUUCUGGUCGGACGGGCUUGGUGAGGACCAGAUGGCGUCCACGGAGGACUUCCGGGGCCUGCAGGCCGAGGCGAAGGCCUGGGCGGGGCUCCUGGAGAGCCUGUCGAAGACCCUGUGUGAGCAGCUGCUGGGGGGCCUGGGGCAGCUGCUGCGGGACGAGCCGGCCCUGCACACCCUGGAGGAGUCGCUGGAGCAGGGCCUGUGCUGUGGGCGGGCAGAGCCUGUGCAGGGCCCGGCGGGCCGUGUCCUCGAGUGCCUGGUGCUCCCCUGCCGGACGCUGGUGGAGGAGCUUGCAGGCCCGGUCGCCUACUUACUGGGAGCGCUGGCUGCCCUGAGUGGAGCCCAGCGCGUGCUGCUGGCCGAGGCGCUGGAGGCUUCGGCCCUGUCGGAGCCCCUCAAGCUGGUGGAGGAGGUCUUGGAGCAGAGCUCCCCGUGGCAGGAGCGCAGGGCCCUGUCCCUGCCGCCUGGGUUCCUGGGGGACAGCUGGGGCCCAGAGGUGCCUGCCUGGACCCUGCUGGACGCCUGUGACCUGGAGCUGCAGGUGGACGCCCCCCAGGUGGGCUGGGAGCCGGCAGCCCAGGGCUGCACGUGUGCGCUGUACGCCUCCCUGGCCCUGCUGUCCAAGCUGAGCCAGCUCUGCUAGCUGGCGUCCAGCGUGGAGAGCCCCGCCCGGCCCUGAGGGCGCCCACCACAGGCUGUGGGGGGGGGGGGCAGCUGGGAGAAGUCAAUAAAUGGGAAGCACGAA